UUAAGAAAUAUAGAAACUACUGUUGCUCCCAGAUUUAGUCAUAUGACAUCAAAAUGGCUGCAAACAUGAAACUUCUUGCUGCGGUACUUUUGGUUUGUUUUGCAGAUUUUACAUCUGUUUCAAGUAGUCCAGUGCCCGUUGUAAUAUGGCAUGGCAUGGGAGAUAGUUGCUGUAACCCUCUUAGUAUGGGCUCCAUUAAAAAACUGAUAGAGAAAAAUAUCCACGAUGUUUAUGUGAGAUCAUUAGAGAUUGGGUCCAGUAUUGAAGAGGAUACAUUGAAUGGAUUCUUCAUGAAUGUCAAUGAUCAGAUCAACAUGGUGUGCCAGAAACUUGCUACUGAUAAGAAACUUCAAUCAGGAUACAAUGCAAUAGGAUUUUCUCAAGGAGGACAAUUCUUGAGAGCUAUUGCUCAAAGAUGUCCAAGCCCUCCAAUGCUGAACCUGAUCUCAGUCGGUGGACAACAUCAAGGUGUAUUUGGCUUCCCUCAUUGUCCUGGAGAUAAUGAGACCUUGUGUGAAUAUGUCAGGAAGCUGCUUAACUUUGGAGCUUACAAUGAUGAAAUCCAGAGCAGACUAGUUCAGGCAGAAUACUGGCAUGAUCCCCUCAAUGAGAAUGAGUACAAAGCAAAGAGUGUGUUCCUGGCUGACAUCAACCAAGAAACAACUGUGAACCAGACCUACAAGACUAACCUACAAAAGUUGAAGAAUCUUGUACUUGUGAAGUUUCUUCAAGACACCAUGGUAGAGCCCAGGGAGAGUGAAUGGUUUGGGUAUUAUAAACCAGGACAGGACAAAGACCUGUAUACAAUGUUUGAAAGCCCUCUCUACACUGAGGACAAGCUUGGUUUGAAGACGCUCAAUGCCACGGGAAGGCUUCACUUCCUGAGCUCCGACUCGGACCAUCUGCAGUUCACAGAGCAAUGGUUCAUUGAUAACAUACUCAACAAGUUUCUGAAGUAGUGUGCAUACAAAAAUAACAAUUUCAGAUAUAUCUUUUUCCCUUGAAAUUGACUAUUUUAGGACAUAUGUCUGCUCAAAAAAAAUCGAAGCACUAAUUAAUGUCUUAUGUACAUGUAUAUAUAAAAAUUAUGACAAAGAAAUACUUUUAUAACUGUUAAUUUAUUUUCAUUUGAUUAUCCUAUUUGAAUACACCUUUACAAGGAUAUUCUCUUGUCUGAUUCCCAUUUAUUGUCUUCUUUGUUUUGUAUAUUUUGUGUAAUCAUGGCCAUGUGAUGUAAUAUUUUAUGAAAAAAUUGUUUUGUAUAUUUAUUAAAAUUUGCAUGACAAUGUAUUACGUAUAAGUCUGAAAUAAUUUGUUUGUUCUCUUGAGUGUAACAUUAUUGUAAUAUUUAC